AUGGAAGUAUGGGGUGAUACCAUAGACAGCAAGUUUGUCACCGAACGCUAUUUCGCCUCACUUUCGACAUUGAAAGACUAUGGAAAGGAGAUCCGAGACAGGAUGCUGAGCUCAGAACUGGACCUAGGCUAUUUUGAACGACAUACAGUUGAAUCUCGUGUCGCGUCAGUUGUCAAGGUGCUAUAUGCAAAUACACCACUUCGACAAACCUUCCACCUGCAUGAAGAUGUGACCUUUGAAACCCAUGCUAAUGACUUGACGGACGAGCCAAGAAUCGUGGAGGAUUUGAGCUCUCUGAGCUUAACACAGAACCAGCCACGUCGCUCUAGGCGCUUGGCUGCAAAAACGAGCAGAGUUGAACACUCGGCUCCGCCGCCAGAGAGGAGUCAGGCUACACAGCCAAGGAGUUCCAGGCCUAAAGCAGACCAAUUUUGCGUCUAUAAUAAGGGUCUAGAGCGAAAGGAGCCUGUCUUUAUUAUCGAAUAUAAGGCACCUCAUAAGGUCUCCCUCGCCCAUAUUAAUGCUGGUCUACAGGACAUGGAUGUCGACGAGGUACUCCGUGUACAAGAGGAGGAAUCCCUAGAAAACAUUUGUCGUUGUGUUAUAGCAGCAGUCAUUACUCAGACAUAUUCUUAUAUGAUUAAGGGAGGCCUGGAAUUUGGUUACGUGUGUACUGGUGAAGCGUUUAUAUUUCUCCGUGUACCUCAUGAUGACCCUUCUACUGAUGAAAUGAUUAAUCUACAUGAUGAUAACCGGUUGCAUCUUACUUCAGUGGGCCAGAUAUUAGCUUUCACUCUCCGGGCUUUACGAGCGCUGAUACAGGAUGCUGCUUGGAAACACCACGCAAAAGAGAGUCUAGAGACGUGGUCUAUGAUCUACGGUGACCUUCUAGGUGAAAUCUCGGAGAAGGAUAUACCAUCUUCCGCCUUCAAAUCGCCGCGGAGUCAGAACGGAUACCUCCGUAUAUCUCCGGUUAAACCAGGUCAAAGCCCGCUGUGGUUGCUUCUUGCAAUCCUUCGCAGCAUCAGAGAUCGCCUAGCGACGAUGAUACCGGGGACGACUUUAAUCCAGACGAUACGCCCAGUUGACAGCCAUAGCAGCCUCGCGUUCUUCGCUCGUCACCUUUCUCAUCCUCACCACCUGCGAAAAUGCCAGGGGGCUCACGCACCAAGUGCAAAUCUCGGCAGUAUUGCACACAGCAAUGCCUAA